AUGGAGCAAGAUUCCAUCCGUUUCGUUCGCAAAUAUUAUGAAUACCAGGUACAUGGGGACUUGAUACAUUUCUCUCCAUCUGAGUUGCAUACAAUGACUGCUUUAUGGCUUUUUGUGGCUUUGGGAAUAGACAUAAUUAGACCAAUUGAACCGAAGGCCUCGAAUGGACAUAGGUUCAUCUUUGUAACUAUUAAUUAUUUUACAAAGUGGGAAGAAGCAAUGAUUUUCAAGUUAAUGACUAAGAAAGCAGUGGUUGACUUUGUUCACUCCAACAUAAUUUGUCGGCUUGGCAUUCCAAAGAUAAUUGUCAUGGAUAAUGCUGCAAAUCUCAACAGUUAUUUGAUGUAUGAAGCAUGUCAGCAAUUUAAGAUUAUGCAUCGAAAUUCAACUCCUUAUCGCCUGAAGGCGAACGGUGCUGUAGAAGCUUCCAACAAGAACCUAAAGAAAAUACUUCGCAAGAUGGUGCAGGGUUCCCAACAAUGGCAUGAAAAGUCACUUUUUGCUUUGUUGGGUAAUCAUACUACAGUUCAGACUUCAAUUGGUGCAACUCCUUACUCGUUGGUGUACGAAACUGAAGCAGUUAUACCUGCAGAAAUUAAGAUUCAAUCUCUUCAAGUUGUUGUAAAGGCCGAAAAUGAUUAUGAUAAGUGGGUCAAAACCCGAUUGGAGAAAUUGAGUUUGAUUGAUGAGAAAAAGCUGGCGUCGGUAUGUCAUGGCCAACUAUACUAUUUGAGAAUGGCUCAAGCCUAUAAUAGAAAGGUUCGCCCCAGACAAUUUGAAGCCGGUCAGUUAGUACUAAUACACAUCUUUCCCCAUCAGAUUGAAGCCAAAAGCAAAUUUUCUCCUAAUUGGCAAGGACCAUUUAUGGUGAAGAAGGUGUUACCUAAUGGUGCAUUAUAUUUGACUGAUGUAGAAGGCAAAAUAGAAGAAAUAUCGGUCAAUGCUGAUGCAUUUAAGAGAUAUUAUGUAUGA